AUGUCGUCCUGCAAGAAGGAGGGCACCUCCGAGGCGGUCAACCGGCUGUGCAAUGCGCUGAACGAGAGCUCCAAGAUCGAUGGGCAGCGAGUCGCCAUCGCCGCCGGCGCCUUCCUCGUCCUGACGGCCGUGACGCUCAUCACGUUUGAGGUCAUCCGCGGCAACAACAAGAUGGUCUACGAGCCGAAGCGCAAGUACGCAGAGGCCGGCGUUGCGGCGCCGCGCCAGGUGCGCUACACGCCCGGCGGCUGGCUCACGCGGUACAAGGAGAACGAGCUGCUGCCGCUCAUCGGCCUCGACGGCGUCACGUUUCUGCGCUUCCUGCGCAUGAUGCGCCUCAUGACGACGGUGCUGGCCGUCGUGCUCUGUGCCGUCCUCAUUCCCGUCGAUCUCUCCUUCCACCUCGGCAGCGGCAGCGGCGGCAUCCGCAGCGGCUUGCUGCUGCUCACCAUCAGCGACGUCAGUGGCAACUACCUCUGGGCGCACGUGGGCAUGAGCUACGUCGCAACGGCCAUUGUGCUCUUCUUCAUCACGAUCAACUACCGCCACAUGGUCCGCCUGCGCUGGGAGUGGUUCCGCUCGCCCGAGUACCAGGCGUCGUUCUUCGCACGCACCUUGAUGCUCACGCACGUGCCCAAGAAGCUGCAGUCCGACGCGGCGCUGCACCAGCUGCUCAACUCGAUCGGCAUGCCCUACCCCACGACGGAGGUGCACAUUGGCCGCGUCGUGGGCGCGCUGCCGGACCUGAUUGAGAAGCACGAGGAGAUGGUGCGCAAGCUCGAGCGCGUGCUGGCAAAGUACCUCAAGGACCCGCGCGGCGUUUCGGGCAAGCGGCCCACGACGACGAUCGGCGGCGGCUGCUGCGGCGGCCAGACCGUCGACGCCAUCGACCACUACACGGAGCAGAUCCAGAAGUACGAGGCGGCCAUCGAGCAGUGGCGCGACCGCAUUGCCGAGAAGAAGCCCGAGUCCUUUGGCUUUGCCUCGCUCGCGGCCGUGCCGUACGCGCACGCCGCGGCGCGCUCGCUCAAGGGCAAGAAGACAAAGGGCGUCAAGAUCACGCUGGCGCCGCAUCCCAAGGACGUCAUCUGGCGCAACCUGACGCUGACGAACGCGGCGCGGAGGCGCCUCAGCUUCGUGGGCUUCCUCUACCUCGUGCUGCUCUGCUUCAUCAACGCCGUGCCGCUGCUGGCCGUGGCGCUGAUCUCGCAGAUGGGCAGCUUCACCGACGUGCUCGGCUUCCUCGGCGCCUGGCGCGCCGCCUCGAGCUGGUCCUUUUCCGCCGUCGCGGGUCUGGCCGCGCCGAUCAUCUCGGGCCUCAUGGGCUACCUGCUGCCGAUCUUCAUGCGCCGCAUCGCCAAGUACCGCGGCGUCACGACGCGCUCGAAGCUGGAUCGGGUGAUUGUCAGCCAGUACUUCACCUUCCUCAUCAUUUCGCAGUUCGUCAUCUUCACGCUCGUCGGCGUCGCCAUCACGGUGAUUGCACAGAUCAUCAGUGCCGUGCAGGAGCGGCAGACGUUCCAGCAGAUUCUCGACUUCAUCUCCGCCGACGUCGGGCCCAACAUUCUCGCGCAGUACGUCGGCUUCUCCAACUACUGGAUGACGUGGCUGCCGCUGCGCCUCUGGGUCAGCAUGUUCGACCUGGCACAGGGCGUGCGCCUGCUCAUGGUGUGGGCGCAAAAGAAUUUCCUCGGGCGCACGCCGCGCGACGUGCGCGACUUCAGCAAGCCGCCCGUGGCCGAGUACGCCAUUCUCUACACAAACCUGCUCUUCGUGUUUGCCGUAGCGAUGCUGUACGCGUGCCUGGCGCCGCUCAUCGUGGCCUUUGCGGCCGUCGUCUUCUGGAGCGCGUCGUUCAUCUUCAAGUACCAGAUGUGCUACGUCUACCAGACCAAGGUCGAGAGCGGCGGCCGCCUCUGGCGCGUCGUCGUCAACCGCCUGCUGGCGUGCAUCGUCUUCAUGCAGCUCAUCCUCGCACUGGCACUCGUGCUCAACGCCUACGGCACGAACCGCAUCCAGGCCAUCGCGGCGCUGCCGCCGAUCGUGGCGGUGAUUGGCUUCAAGAUCUACUGCGUCAAGACGUUUGACGCGCGCUUCGACUGGUACAUUCCCGAGGCGCAGGAGCUCGCCAACACCAAGGCGCACGGCGGCGACCAGCGCCACAACCGCCUGCAGCGCCGCUUCGGCCAUCCGGCGCUGCACCAGACGCUGGCGACGCCCAUGGUGCACGCGCGCGUCAAGCAUCUGCUGCCCGAGGUGUACCGCGGACGUCUGGACCACAGCGAGAUGGCUCGCGUCGACGGCCGCAAGGUCGAGGUCGAGGCCCUCACGGGCGGCCUCAAGAUCGCCGCCAUCGAGGAGGACCAGCUGGAGUACGACCCGCACAACGACUCCGACGUGCGCUCCAUCAUGUCUGGCACGACGAUGAUGACGGGCGCCGGGCCGGGCUGGGGCACUCCGGGGCCCGGCACGCCGCUCUACGGGCCCUCGCGUGCCGGCACGACGCACGACUUCCGCGACCAGUACAGCAACUACCUCGCCUCGACUGGCGCGCCGGAGCUGCCGCCCGGCUCGCACGGCGGCGAGCACUUUGAGAUGAGCAACGUGCGUGCGCACGACAGUCGCGAAAACCUCCUCGAAAAGGGCCAGAGCGUGUAUAGCGACAAUACGCUCAUGGGCAGCGGGCACGCCAAGCAGCCCUCGCAGGGCAGCUACCCGUACUACGCGCCUACGCCGCUCGACACGCCCGGCAUCAAUGGCCCGCAGCAGUACGAGCAAGGACACGCAGCGCAUGGAUCCGCCGGCUCGGCGGGCUACUUUUCGCCUGCCCCGCGCUCGGCCACGACGCCGACGCCGCGCCAGCCGAGCGGCAACUCGCUGCAGCAGCAGCAAUACUACGCCCACGGCCCGCAAGGUCCGAGUGGCGCAGGCUACGCCACGCAUGCACCUCCGCCGAUGCAGCCGUACACUGCCUCGCCGCAGUCGUCGCCGCAGAUGAGGCCGCAGCAGCCUCACUUCUACGGCCACGCCAGCGGCCCGCAAGCUUCGCCGGCGGCGGCCAGCCCGCAUGCUGCGGCGCAGAUGUACGGCGCUGCGCCUCCGCCGCCGCCGCCGCAGCAGCAGCAACGCGGACCGCCGCAGUGGGACGGGAGACACGACGGAUCGCAUGGAUAUGGAGGCGGAUACUGA